CACGUUGCCGCUCAGUACUUCAGUAGGUUCGCUGUCACUGCGGAGUGCGAACGUAGCCGCUACGAAAUAACAUUUCUCGAUUGAUUUUGUCACGAUCGCCCCGCAGUAAUAGAUGAGCUGCGGUUGGGACCCGUUAAAAUUAUGACUUUUGGACCGAUCGCCGGCGAAGAAAAAAGCAGUAGAUAUCCCCUUCUGGAAGAGAAAGCUUUGAGGAUAGUGUCCAGGUACUGGGAGUUCUCCGGUGCGUCGGUUGCCGAGAGGCUUCGGUACGGGAAAAAUCACAAACUCCUAGCGCUAUUCGGACUGCAAUAAAAACUGAAAAUAAUAAUAAUAUAAACUUUUAAAAACUCGAACAAAUUAGUAUUUAGUGAUUUUUUUGAGUGCAAUACGUGAACUGUGUUUGUGUUUUUAGUUGCUUGGUUAUUUUUUUUUUAUUAUUUUUUUAUAUACUGGAUUAAUGAAAAUGGUGCCCCAGCAAGUUUCGGAUGUGCGAUCACUUACGCCGACUUCGAGCGGAGUACCGGUGUUCGGUUCCCAGCUGGUCGACAAAAACUCGUCAACCCCGUAUACGGAUGCCACACAGACCAAGAAGAAUAAUCCAAACCACAUAAAGAGGCCUAUGAACGCAUUUAUGGUCUGGUCUCAGAUAGAACGUAGGAAAAUAUGCGAGCAGACACCUGAUAUGCAUAACGCGGAGAUCUCAAAAAAUUUGGGACGUGUUUGGAAAACAUUGAACGAUGAAGAGCGACAGCCCUUUAUUGAUGAGGCAGAGCGACUGCGGCAACUACAUAUGCGCGAAUACCCUGACUACAAAUACAGGCCUCGCAAGAAAACAGCAAAGCCAGCCCAGCGCUCCGGAGCAGUCACGAAACAAAAGCGCAAGCAAAGGGCAGACUCAAAUAACAACAGAGGAGUGUCAAGACGACGAACGCGACUCGCUUCAAGCGUGCCGAGCGUUCCAAGCGUUCCGGUCGAAACACCAUUACCUCAGCCGUUGCCAGCGUCGCCAGCCGGCUCUCCUGAUUCUCCUGAAUCCGCCUGUAUCUAUGAGGACAGCACUCGUCGAGAUCCUUCCGAUCUCUCCGAUCUGUACUCCAUCACGGACUUGCUUCCGCUACCAGCGGACUGCGAAGUUGACCUUGAAGCACUGACAGACAUCGAAUCCUUUGAGACGGCAUCGUCAUCGUCAGGGUCGCACUUCGAGUUCUCCUGCACGCCAGACGUUUCCGAAAUGCUGAGCGAUAUCGGUGUAGCGAGCGACUGGGACGACAACACGUUCUCGUCUUUCCUGACAACGUCGUAGACCGGUGUCAGCCGCUACGGCCGCUGCCGGCCGGUUCCACUGAUCUCAUGCGGUCGGCCAACGAGCCGCCAAACGGAGGCCGACGACGCGGCGACCACACGCCGCCCCGCCUAGAGAGUGCCUACAUCCAAAAUGACGUGUCGAUUUUUGGAUUCAAUGUACAAAGUUAUUUAAUAAGGAUCGAGGGUGAAAAUUUUAAUUUUAAUGUCAACCGACCGACCGGUCGCAUUCUCCUUCAGUUCUAUUGAUUUCUUGAUUAGUUUCGUAGAUCGAAUUCCGUUGUAAUAGGCGACGCUUCAACGUCAUACUCGGAAACGCAUCGGGUUUAACAUAGGCUGUGAGUUGGUUCUCGUUUUAUCGUGUUGCUUUUGUUUCAUUUACUUUUGACACAUAAUGGUGGUGAUUUCCAAACGGCACGUCUCAGACGCAUUUCAGUAAAUAAAUCCGUCUACACUCCGUCGCCUGGUUAGUAAGCCACGGGUUAGUUAGAGCCUCUUGUAAAUGUGGUACUACAUCGUUCGGGUUGUAAAGUAUUUUAAAAUAAUCGCUCAGAUGUCAAGCCCUAGCGAUGUAGUACGACGCUUCUCGGGUCUCCCGCUCGCCGCAUCGCUCGCACCGCGUUGUCGCGUCCGUAUUCUCUAAUUGUACAUUACUCGACUUGGCUUCUAGUACAUUUUAAAAUAGUAAGUUCGCAAUUUCUAUGUCAACCCUUUUUUACUUUAUUAACAUUUGUACUUUAAGCAUCACUUACAUUUUAUGUUCAAAUGACUUAGAUUGGAAUAGAAAAAUAAGAUUAGGUUAUAAUAGUCAUUUUUGUCUUGCGUUUAACUGUGUACGUAAGUCCACUUUAUACUUUGGUGCACGUGUAGAUUUAUAGAUCGAUGAUUUUAAUUUUAUUGUUGGAAGCUAAUCGGUAUGUCUUUUCAAGAAUUUCGGAGUGCGGAAUUUUCGAGUAGGUUUGUCAUGAUUGGAUUGUGGGCCCCUGCUCCGUGAACUACCAAAGUUUGAGAGAAAGUCACGCGUAAACCAUACGCAUAACUUUAUGUCACUUCAGGAUUCUCCACACGCGUGACUUUUUCAUGUUUCAAAUUAAUAUUUAUUAGUGACGGCAGGGGUUGAUUCGAUGGUUUGAUUCGAUGUAUCGAGUUGAUCUAAUAUACGUUAGCAUGUAUAGGUAAGGUUAAGCUCUUCAAUGGUUAGGUAUGAAUUAACUGUAUAGUAAUGAUGGCACUUGGAUCGUUGUGAAGGGACACUUUUACUUCUUACUUUCUUUACGCCUUCACGCUAACAUUUUCAAUACAAAAGGUUUACAGAAGAUACAUAUCAAUAAUGGGAAAGUACAGUUUUGCGGGACGGUGGGAAAUAUAUUUGGAUCGGCAUGCAAAAGUUCGGUUUCACUUAAAUAUUUUGCUAUUCAAACUCUGUGAUUUUUACUUUAUGGAUUUUCUAAAUUAUAAGAUUCUAGUGGAGACUGAUAUCGCGUACGUAGAUUAGUUUUAGCAACGCUAGCUUCUCUCUAUCUUUUAAUUUUUAUAACUGGGCAUACUUACCGUUAUAUUAUGAAAUUCAAAACGUAUUUUUGAUACUUUGUGUUACUGUGGAAAACGAAUGAAAAAAUAUAUUCAAGAAAUGUAAAAAAUAAUCCUAAAUUCCCAAUUAAUGAUUCAGUUAAAUCCACAGUAACGCACAAGAUUGAUAAAUUUAAAAAAAAAAAGCUAAAAAAUCUGUCAAUUCAGUGAAAAUGGUGUCAGUUAGGGGGUAAUGUUACCUCAUUCAUUUUUAAGAUAGAUAAACAAACCUAAAAUAUACUGUUUCAGAUUGUGAAAUCAAUAUUUGUAGAUAUUCUGUGUCCCUAAAUUUAAAAUAAGGGAUCCGUUGUGCUCUAUUAUUAAGAGAAGAAAAUGCUUUACCUAUAUUAUAUUCUUAUAAAUAUAUAUGUAAAAAAUUCGUGUAAUAUUUAGUAAGUGUCUAUAAAUACAAUGAUUGCAUAAACUACGUGUUAUCUACAUUAUUGCGACCUUAUAAGUAAUUUGUCUUGUGUGUAGUAGAGCGAUAUAUAUUGAAUGGAAAAAAAAAUAAAUUUGUGCCUAAUAAACUACAUGAAAUUUCAUAAUACUUAUGUAUAUUUUUAGUGAUGCUCAAAAUACUUUUAAGCGUGUAGUCGAUAUUAGAUGCUGUUAAUGAAAAAAAAAUGUACAUUUAAGAUUUGUUUCGACACCAGAAUAUGCAUUUUUGUUUCUUUCAUUCACUCACUAAUGUAAUGUUACAGAAUACAACAAACAGUAGGAAAUAUAAAAUUUCAUUCAAUUUGAUCGUGUACCUUGGCUCUGUAAUAUAUCCCUCCAUAUUUUCAAACUUUGACAAUAAAACGUCAUUUUUUGCUACUGUAUGAGUUGGUAACGUUCUUAUAAAACUUUUGUAUCACGUUUCCCUUGAAUAUAUUUCUGGAUAUAUUAUGUUUCUCCACUUAUCAUGUUUAGUUACAUUAUAUAUAUAUACGUUAAUCUCAAUAUUGUCCUCGUAAGAUACUUCGAUUCAACGAUAUAAAGCAAUAUUAAUAUUGACCGAAGCUCAAAUUAGUCUAAAUAUCUCCUCAGCUAAUAAAAUUUAUACUUUUGACACAAUUGUAUGCCGGUUUUGAACAAAAAAUGUUGUUGCAAUUAGAAUAAUGAUUAUAAUAUGUUGUGCUGAAUAACAAAUUUAAGUCUUUGCAAUUUAUAUAUUUAUACGAUAAUUGUUCAAAUGAAAUUACGCCAACUCGUUUAGAAAUUGUUGCGGCAGCGUAAUUUUUAUUAGUGGGGGAGUGUGAGAAAACCCCUAAAGUAUUUAUAAAGGCAACAUCGAAUUUAUAAUGUUGUAAUUAGCGCUUCUUGUUGUGGUGUUUCAACGUUUGGAAUUAUCAGGGUUUAAUGUUUUCAUUUAAAAUUUAGAUGUAAAAAUCCAAAUGAAAUGUUACAGAAUGCCUUCCUUGUCCCUUAAUUACUUGAUCCUUUGCAUAUGGUCACAGGCUUUCUUCCUUCGUAGCCUUUAAAUUUUUUCAAUUACUUGGAGGUAUUUUUAAAAUUACGAAUGUAAAUAUAAAACUGUUUAUAAUAAAAGUCAAAAUAAAGCGAUACUGUGAGAAUCAUUAGAGGGUAUAUAUAUAUGCGUCUCAAAUUAUCAUAGAGGACGUAGUUAGUUGUUGUAGGUUGUAACUAAAUACUUAUAUAUUAUUAAAAAAAAAAAAUAAUAUUACGUUAUAUUGUAUUGACAUCGCAUGGCAUUAAGCUUACAAAAUCGCUUCUCAUCCAAGUAGUCGAACAUUAUUCUGAAAAAGAGACAUCGCAAGAAAUAAAAGCAACGUCAUCAAACAUUAUAUAUAUAUAUAUAUAUAUAUAUAUAUAUAUAUAUAUAUUACUUGUAAUAUAAAAUAAAAUUAUAUAUUUGUAAAGUUAGACAUAUAAAUGCGAUUCAAUUUAAUAUGUUAGUGAUUUAUUCACAGAACUGAAAAGUUGAUAAUAUUCUCGUUAUGUUUAAAAAUUGAUCGUAAUAUAUAUAUAUAUAUAUAUAUAUAUAUAUAUAUAUCUGUGUAUUAUAUGUAUUUAUUGCCAUUGUUGAUUUAAUUGAUAAGUGUCUUCUAACUAUUAAGAUUUUGGUUAACUUCACUCUCAUCUCACUCGAGACACAACGAAGCAGUUUCCUUUCGAUUCUUGAGCACAUUUCAUGUAACGUGUAAUUAUUAUAAUUAACUGGUAUCUAAUUGGUGUCUAUAAAUGAUAAAAAUUAAACAAUAUAAAUAACCCAUGUAUUGCAUGUGAACAUCAAGCUGUAGUGAUUUCAUAUUAUAAUAAAGUAAUCAAUUUUGUUGUUGACGUACUUGUAGUUGUGUCAUUAAAUAUAUUUGGUCUAAUGAUAAAGUUAAUGAUAAUGAUUAAACAAAUGAAAACUUCGCACAAUCUGAAUCAAGGAACUAAUAUAGGAGUAACAAUAAUAGGUAUUAAUGAUAUUAAUUAAGCGAAAGAUGAAGUAUCUUAUAGGUGUGUUAGCGGAUAUAAUUACGUUCCAUGAUUUAAUUUCUUUUCCUGCUAAAGGAAUUUCUCAAAAUAAUAUUGUUCUUUGUGAUCGUAUUAAUAUUGUAAAUCGUAAACUUGUGUUCAUAUUCAUCCCCCAUUACCGUACUGUUGCAAUGUUGGACCAUCUACUUGCACUUAUAUUUUUACAUAAGAUCUUUAGAUGCUCUGACUUGCAACGAUCAACUGUUCUCACCACGAUACCGCGAGUUGUUGAAGUUUGAAUUUUUGAAGUUAUUCCAAUUUUUUUACUGUAAAUAAUUCGUUGAUCAAAUUUUUUAGGAACAAAAAUUAUUAAAGAAAAAUGGUCCAUUAAAAUUUAUCGUGUAAUAUUAAGAUUAGCCACAUGUAAGUGUACCUUGAAGUUUGUGUGUGCUUCUAUUUGUACUAUUGUAAAGUUGUAAAGUAAUGUAUGCCAAACUUUACCCUAAUUUCGAAGCUAAAACAUAGCUUUAACUGUACACCAAACAUUGACUGAUGACAUUCGACCCACGCAAUUACCCCCAUGCUUUUUCCAUUACUUUUCCAUUGGACUUUGUAAAUAUCUUAUUAAUAAACUUGUUAAGGCCACAAUGUUGUGUUGGAAGUCUUUUAUGCCACACGUCCGUGUGAUCCGAUUCGUCUAGUCUCUUCAAAGUUAUCUCUCACUUGCCACCUGAUUGUUGUUUUGACAGCUUCCAGAUGAACCUAGUGUUUUCAAUGUGGCCUUUGAAUAAUUGAUACCUGAUUUUUAUUAGUUUUGUUUUAUUCAAUGUAUACCAAAAAAAAUAAUGAAGCUCUUAGAUACCGUUACCGAUGGAUCUCGAUUUAGCACUAACAAUCUCGAAAAUUUGGCGCACCAAAAAAGGAAAUGUCCGUUUUUUCCUUGAUUGGUACAGAAAUAUUGUACAUAUUAGAUCAGGAUUUGAUUUAAGUAAAGGCACGGUCCUCUUGUAAGAAAUAAAAAAUUGUUACCCUCUUUAGGGAUUAUUUUACUAAAAAUCUUUUGUCCAUCAAUAGUUUAGGAGGUUUAAUUUGUAUGUAUAAGUUGAUACGAGGAUAAUUGUUCCAACGCAUUAUUAUUUUACUACCCUCGUUCGUUGUAUAAAUUAUUGACUUUGUAUUCUUUAAGGUACAUACUUAUUCUAACUGCAAAUAAGUAGUCUUUUAAAUUGUUAAGUAAUUAAUAACAAUACUGUAGUUAUGAAAUACCAUGUACAUUUUGUAUCGUAAUUUGUUUCAAUAUGAAUAUAUAUUAUUAUAUGGUAAAAAUAAAUCAUCAGUUUCUAAAAAAUAA